AGGUCUAAUGAACAAAACGAACAUUAUGCCAACUCCCGACCUCUGCGUAAUAAACAACCGUUUCUUCUGGAUAUUCGGGUCUUUGGUUGCGUUCUACAUCCCAAUGCUGAUGAUGGUGGUAUCCUUCGCGUUGACUGUGCAACUGCUGAAAAGACAGGCCUUGUUAGCAUCUACUCCGGUUCCUGGUGGAAUACAAAGAAGACAAUGCGGUGGUUUCGACAACGGACCUGCACAGGGUAUACGCCGGAUGGGAGCUAAGAGUUCGCCAGACUUGUCUCCGGGUACUUCGGUGCCCAGACAGACCUGGAGAGCCAGCACCACAAGACCGCAACGCAACAAAAUUGGCUCAAGCGUUUCUCAUCCCCAACUGAGCUACAUGAACGGCUGCGGAAACGCAGGGUCUGCAGUCUCCAAAAGAGGCAGGGACGUGGCUACACAGACUCCACCAAGCAUAGCCGCCGAGACCAGAAGAGCCAGACUUCGACCUUUGAAGCUCAUUGCUGCUCCUAAUGCUUUGACGCUCAGAUUCUUGGCGAAUCGCAAGAAAGGCCGUUCACUAUCGGCCAAUGCAGUGGCGAAUGAGCAGAAGGCAACAAAAGUAUUGGGCUUGGUGUUCUUCACAUUCGUUCUUUGCUGGGCGCCGUUCUUCUUGCUCAACAUUUUAUUCGCUUCGUGCCCUGCUUGUAUAGUACCAGAGCAUGUGGUGGACAUCUGCCUGUGGCUGGGUUACGUGUCGUCUACCAUCAACCCGAUUAUCUACACAGUAUUCAACAGGACAUUCAGGGCAGCCUUCUUGAGACUGCUCAGAUGUCAUUGCUCAAGACGCGGUCGCUGCACCCGCUACAGAUCCGUAGGCUCUACACGAGGAGCUUCGCAAUUGUGCGCCAGAUCAGCACUACCCCUGGCCAUCUCUCUUCGACCUUCAGGAAUGCCACCUACGGAACAUGCGGUGCCUGAGACGACAGAGACUGUCCUCAUGGAAGCUCCCUUAGAUUAUAAUGUACGAUAUUAGAAACAUUAUUUGCUAGUGCCAAAUUACGCUGUAAUUGUUCUACAAUUGGAAAAGAUGAAAUUAUUUAUUUCUGAGUUUCGAUUAGAUUCAAAAUACAUCUUGUUAUCUUAAUUUUAAUCUUCGGUAACGUUGACUACGUAAACUACGGAAAUUUAUUGUAUGUUGUACAACCUUUGCAAUUGUUAUAAACAUUAUUAAACAUGUGGCAAGAUUAUCGCAUUAAGGCCCGACGCCCACUGGCGGGACUGCAUGGCAAGGGAUCUUUCGGCAUUCCUACAUGCUAGCGCACACUGACGGUACUUAUGCCGCAGUAUCCUUUUGGCAUGCUAAAGCCUAGAAUUGUAUAUUUAAUAGUUAUGACAGUCU